AUGGACUACCGCAACAGCAAAUUCUACCAGUACACACUGAGAACAUGCACGGGCACAGGGCAGACAUCAGAAGUGAGCACAUACCCGCAUCGACAAUUCUUCGGGAUAGGCAACAACCAAUUUAAAGGCGAAUACUGUUAUCCGAAGGUCAGAAGCACACACUGGCUACGAUGGGCGGAUAAGAAGCUUCAGGAUGAUAGAUGGCAUUAUUCUCGUCGGGCCGACCAUUAUGGGAAGGUGCCCAUUGAUGAGUUCCUCACCCUGGAGAAUGAAACGUUUGCAGGUCAUCAGCCAGGCUUGUCCGACGUGGCACUUGUUCAGGAUUACUUGUGUCGGAAAGGUCUGCCGGCGGAGCUGGUGUUGAACGUCAUGGAGCUCGCUGGGUAUGAGCCGGUAGGACGAUUGAACGAGCCACAUGAUCCGUUCCACCCAUCAAAUCGCAAAGAAUUGGCUCAGUACCUCACAUAUUGUUGGCGACUGCUAGUCCACUGCGACGUGAUGGCCAAGGCUCUUGGCAUGAAACUUCCAUGGGAAGAACUUCUCGGCGACUGUAUCGCUGACUUCUGGGCUGAUGACAGCCGCGGUGCUGGGAGAUUCUUUUGGUAUACACUGGAUGAGUACAAUGUCAGGAUGCACAAAAUUUUCGUCAAGCCUUGA